GCAACGAUACCGUUUGACUCUAUUUGUCGACUUCAAGAUGCCCCGACUGUUAAACCUCAGCCAAAACCUCUGAGAAACCAUGCUCUGCUCCUGCACCUGCAAAAAUGGCUGCUUUUGCCAAAACCUCUCCAAUCCCUCUCCACCCAGAACAGCUCAACCAUCAAUCUGUCAAAAGCCAAAAUUCCAAAGUCCUCAGUUUCUCUCACAAUCCCCAAAACCACCACCUCUCCUUCAAACGAACCCAAGAAGUACCAGUCCUCAACACCUCCCCAUCAUCCUCCUCUAUUACCACCUACAAUCCUAACUCAGAUAUAUAUCAACUAUGCCUUGCUGGGAACUUGGAACAAGCUCUUAAGCACUUAGACUCAAUGCAAGAGCUUCAGCUUUUCGUAGAAGAAGAUGCUUAUAUUGCUUUACUAAGGCUUAGUGAGUGGAAAAGGGCAUAUGAGGAGGGGGCUAGAGUGUACUCUUACGUGUCGAAUUCGAUAACUCGACUGAGUGUUAGACUUGGCAAUGCUUUGUUGAGUAUGUUUGUGAGGUUUGGUGAUUUGGGUAAUGCUUGGUAUGUUUUUGGGAGGAUGGAGGAGAGGAAUGUGUUUUCUUGGAACGUGUUGGUGGGUGGGUAUGCAAAGGCGGGGUUUUUCGAUGAAGUAUUGGAUUUAUAUCAUAGGAUGUUGUGGGUCGGUGUGCAUCCCGAUGUCUAUACUUUUCCUUGCGUUCUGAGGACUUGUGGGGGAAUCCCGGACUUGGCAAGGGGGAGGGAGGUUCAUGUUCACGUCUUAAGAUAUGGAUUUGAGUCAGAUGUCGAUGUGAUUAAUGCUUUGAUCACUAUGUAUGUGAAAUGUGGCAAUAUUAUAAAUGCACGGUUGGUGUUUGAUAGAAUGCCGAGAAAGGAUAGGAUUUCCUGGAAUGCAAUGAUUUCGGGCUAUUUUGAGAAUGGGGAGUGUUUGGAAGGAUUAAGGCUGUUUUUUCUAAUGCGUGAACUUUCUGUCGAUCCAGACUUGAUGACAAUGACUAGUGUGAUCUCUGCUUGUGGGAGUCUUGGUGAUGAGAGAUUAGGAAGGCAGGUCCAUGGUUUUGUGAUGAGAACAGAUUUUGGAGCCUGUGUUUCAGUGUGUAAUUCUUUAAUUCAGAUGUACUCAAGUGUUGGGCAAUGGAAGGAUGCUGAAAAAGUUUUUUCUAGAAUGGAGUGUAAGGACGUGGUGUCAUGGACGGCGAUGAUUUCAGGUUAUGAGAACAACAUGCUACCUGCUAAAGCUGUGAGAACAUACCAAUUGAUGGACCUAGAGGGAAUCGUGGCUGAUGAGAUCACCAUAGCAAGUGUUUUAUCUGCUUGCACUUGUUUGGGUGAUUUGGAUAUGGGCAUUAAACUUCAUGAGCUUGCUAACAGGAAAGGGCUCAUCUCAUGUGUUUUAGUUGCUAACACGCUCAUUGAUAUGUAUUCCAAGUGUAAAUGCAUCGACAAAGCUUUAGAUGUUUUCCAUUCUAUUCCUGACAAGAACGUGAUAUCUUGGACUUCAAUCAUCCUUGGCCUUCGUGUCAACAAUCGGAGCUUUGAAGCUUUGAUUUUCUUCCGGCAAAUGAAACUCAGUUUAAAACCAAAUUCUGUUACCUUAGUUUCUAUUCUAUCUGCAUGUUCUAGGAUAGGAGCUUUGAUGUGUGGAAAAGAGAUUCAUGCCCAUGCAUUAAGGACUGGAGUUGGGUUUGAAGGUUUUAUUCCCAAUGCACUUUUGGACAUGUAUGUAAGGUGCGGAAGAAUUGGACCUGCAAUGAACCAAUUUAACUCACUCAGAAAAGAUGUAGCAGCGUGGAAUAUUCUGCUGACAGGGUAUGCUGAGCGGGGGCAAGGAGCGCAGGCUGUGGAGCUAUUCCAGAGGAUGUUGGAGGCCCUGGUAAAUCCAGAUGAUAUAACUUUUAUUUCGCUAUUGUGUGCUUGUAGUAGAUCUGGUAUGGUGACAGAAGGUUUGGAAUAUUUCCAUAGAAUGCAACAUCAAUACUGUAUCACCCCUAAUCUGAAGCAUUAUGCGUGCAUUGUUGAUUUGCUUGGUCGUGCUGGGAAAUUGGAGGAUGCACAUGACUUCAUACAGAAAAUGCCUAUAGAACCUGAUCCAGCAAUAUGGGGAGCCUUGUUAAAUGGAUGUAGGAUCCACAGCCAAGUUGAGCUUGGGGAGCUUGCAGCACAUCAUAUCUUUGAAAAGGAUACAACUAGUGUUGGGUAUUAUAUUCUCCUAUGUAAUCUCUAUGCUGACAGUGGCCAAUGGGAUGAAGUCGCAAAAGUAAGAAGGGCAAUGAGACAGAAUGGACUAACUGUAGAUCCUGGGUGCAGUUGGGUGGAAGUAAAGGGGACAGUUCAUGCUUUCCUAAGUGGUGAUGAAUUCCAUCCUCAAAUAAAUGAAUUAAAAGCAGUUUUGGAUGGAUUUUAUGAGAAAAUGAAGGCAGUCGGUUUCAGUGAGCCUGAAAAGAGUUCUACGGAUGAAGUUGAAGCUUCAAAGGCCGAGAUUUUUUGUGGGCACAGUGAGAGACUAGCCAUUGCAUUUGGGCUCAUUAAUACUGCUCCUGGGAUGCCUAUUUUGGUGACCAAGAAUCUGUACAUGUGCCAGAGCUGUCACAAAACUUUCAAAUUUAUCUCUAAGGUUGUUCGCAGGGAGAUAUCUGUAAGGGAUACUGAACAGUUCCACCAUUUCAAGGAUGGCAUCUGUACUUGUGGGGAUAAUGGUUAUUGCGGAAAGCCUGGUACGGUGGAAGAAUUAUCGAUGUUGUAUUAACUUGUGAUAAAACGAAGCAGUCACAACUUCAGGGUGGUUGCACUCAACGGUAUUUAAUGGGUCUAUGGAUCAUGGAGUGGCCCUUUAUAUCCAAAAUGUUACCCUUGGGAGGAAAAAUAGAAUAGACCAUAAGAGUUUGCUUACAAAAACAGCUUGAACGUCACACAUGUAUGUUUUCUAGUGUGGCGGUAGAGUGAAGAGGGAAGAAACUGCUCUUCAUAUCAGGAAAUGACAUUGAAAUUUUGAGGGAAACUCCCAAUCGAACCAUUUUUACUCUUCCUCAAGAAUUGCCAUUUUGAGGUCCAUUUCUCUGGAUUUGAUAUAUAUGUACUUCCCUGUUAGGUGUUCCAACAAAAAAAAAGGGGGGCUGGCCGUUGAAUGUAGCGUAUGUUUUUGUAAGUCAUUGAUGCUGUAUAACAUCGAAAUACUUCUUCC